GAUGGGUACAUUAUUGCCACCUCUGCCGCACCGAUCGCCGCUCAGUAACCUUCUUUCGACCUGCCUGCCUAUGGUGUCCGCGACGACUCCUUCCCGCACCGCGUCCUCGUCGACACCCAACUCGUCGUCUUCAUCGUCGGCACCAAACUCGUCAUCUUCAUCGUCGCAAGCGCGGGCUGCCAUGACACCCGGCGACUUUGUGUUUGGGUCCGUGCUCGGCCAAGGUUCGUUUGCGAAGGUGUACCACGCGCAAUUCAAGAAGACCAAGGCCAACUUUGCCGUGAAAGUGAUGGACCAGGAGUUUAUCAAGAAGCACAAGAAGGUGCCGUUUGUCGUGAUGGAGCGGCAGGUCAUGUCCAAGCUGUCCCAUCCAAACAUUGUCAAGUUUUACUGCAGCUUCAAGGACGACGAGAGCUUGUACAUGGUCAUGGAGCUGUGUCGCGGUGGAGAGUUGCUGUCGCAUAUUUGCAAGGAGCGCGAUGCCGCCAAGGCCCAAGGCGCAGUGGAUACGGCAUGCAGCGUUGCUGUGGUUCAGUUUUACAUGGCGCAAUUGAUUGUGGCCCUGCGGUACAUCCACAGCAACCACAUCAUCCACCGAGACCUCAAGCCCGACAACAUUCUCUUCACGGAACAUGGGCACUUGAAAGUGACCGAUUUUGGCACGGCCACGAUUGCCGACUCGAACGAGCACGCGACCAACUUUUGCGGCACGGCCGAGUACUUGUCCCCCGAAGUGCUCAACGACUUGCCUGCGUGCGAGGGCAGCGACCUGUGGGCCGUGGGGUGCAUCCUUUUCCAGAUGCUGACCGGUCGUCCGCCAUUUCGAGGCGAAAACGACUUUUUGACGUUCCAGCAAAUCCUCUCGCACGACAGCGACGCCAUGGAGUUCCCGGCGCACGUCCCCGAGGCGGCGCGGGACCUCAUCCGGCGGCUGCUGGUGCUGGACCUCGAUGCCCGCCUCACCGAUUACGACACCAUCCAGGCGCAUCCGUUCUUUGAAGGCGUCGACUGGACCGGCAUUUCCACCGCCACCCCCCCCGUCGUGCCCGACAAGACUCACCUUCCGACACCCACCAUGGAUGGCGCGUCCCCCAACUGGAGUCUUGCGAACGUCCUCAACGACGUGUUUGGAGCGACGCCGUUGCUCGCCGACGACCCCCGCCACCAUCCCAUUCACCACGAUCAGCCGCAGAGAGACCCUAGUCCUCCAACGUCUGCGAGGAGACACUCGACCACUACAUCGUCUAGUUCGAUUUUAGAGAACAACGAGGGCAUUCUGCUGCAGGCCGACGUCAAGCUGCACGGGUCGCUCUUCACCAAGAAGGCGCGGGGACUCAUGUUCACAACCCACGGCCGCCUCAUCGUGUCGGACGCCAAGAACCAGCCGCCCCAAGUGUUCCAGUGGGGCACCAACGCCAUCCACAUCGUACCCAAGAACACGUCGACCUUUGACAUUCGAUACACGUCGGGGUCGUUCCGCAUCACAGAUACCGUCCAUGGAGCCCAAGCGUGGUGUCGACUGCUGAAUGCGUUCAAACCAUAACAUACAGUAAUACUCAAGUUGGGGAUGUUGUGAUGAUA